AUGGGUUCUGCUAAUGGAGCAGCUACUGCCCAUGGGAAACAGCCUCUCUUUUCUUUUGCAUUGAUAUCUGAUGUCCAAUACAGUGACAUUCCUGAUGGUCGUUCAUUCCUUGGUGUUCCGCGGUACUAUAGGCAUAGCAUUCUUGUCUUACAGAGAGCAGUGAAAGAAUGGAAUACUCAUCAGAGGCAUAAGUUUGUGAUAAAUUUUGGGGAUAUUGUUGAUGGAUAUUGUCCAAAAGAUCAAUCUUUUAAUACUGUAAAGAAAGUUGUGGAUGAAUUCGAGAUGUUCAAGGGACCAGUGUAUCAUUUGAUUGGCAAUCACUGCCUAUACAAUCUGCCUCGCAGCAAGUUACUUCCGUUAUUGAAGAUCAAGAGUCUUGAAUGCCAGGCUUACUAUGAUUUUUCCCCAGUGCCCGAAUAUAGAUUUGUAGUUCUUGAUGGCUAUGACAUAAGUGCCAUUGGUUGGCCUCAAGAUCAUCCCAGAACAUUGGAGGCCUUGAAAUUCCUCCGGGAGAAGAAUCCAAAUGAAGAUAAGAACAGUCCAACAGGUUUGGUGGGCCUUGAAAGAAGGUUUCUUAUGUUCAAUGGAUCUGUUGGGAAGGAACAAAUGGAAUGGUUGAAUGGUGUUCUUCAGGAAGCAACAAAAUUGAAACAGAAAGUGGUGGUCUGUUGCCAUCUGCCUCUACAUCCUGGAGCAUCAUCCAAGGAGGCACUGUUGUGGAAUUAUGAUGCAGUGAUGAAUUUGAUACACAGAUACAAUUGUGUGAAGGUUUGUCUAUCUGGACAUGAUCACAAAGGUGGAUACUCCAUUGAUUCCCAUGGAAUACACCAUAGAGUUCUUGAAGCUGCGUUGGAAUGUCCUCCUGGCACAAACGCAUAUGGAUAUGUUGAUGUUUAUGAUGACAGAAUAUCACUGUAUGGUACGGACAGAAUGCAGAGUACAGACAUGUAUUUUAAUCAUAAAGCGGAUUUGUGA